CGGCGCGCACUCCCGGAAGGCGGCGACGGCAGCGGCAGCACUGGCAGCAUCGGCAGCAGCCCCGGGCGGCCUCGGGUGGGGUCGGCCCGACGGACAGAAGGACAGAGGGCGCCGGGGACACGCGGCCCGCCCGGGCUGGCCAUGGAGGGAGCCUCGUUCGGCGCGGGACGCGCAGGGGCCACCCUGGACCCUGUGAGCUUCGCGCGGCGGCCCCAGACCCUGCUGCGGAUCGCGUCCUGGGUGUUCUCCAUCGCCGUCUUCGGGCCCAUAGUCAACGAGGGCUACGUGAACGCCGACAGCGGCCCGGAGCUGCGCUGCGUCUUCAACGGCAACGCGGGUGCCUGCCGCUUCGGCGUCGCGCUCGGCCUUGGGGCCUUCUUCGCCUGCGCCGCGUUCCUGCUGCUCGACGUGCGCUUCCAGCAGAUCAGCAGCGUCCGCGACCGUCGCCGCGCGGUGCUGCUGGACCUGGGCUUCUCAGGGCUCUGGUCCUUCCUGUGGUUCGUGGGCUUUUGUUUCCUCACCAACCAGUGGCAGCGCACGGCGCCCGGGCCGGGCACGACGCAGGCGGCAGACGCGGCGCGGGCCGCCAUUGCCUUCAGCUUCUUCUCCAUCCUCAGCUGGGCGGCGCUUACCGUGAAGGCCCUGCAGCGGUUCCGUCUGGGCACCGACAUGUCGCUCUUUGCCACCGAACAGCUGGGUGCUGGGGCGGGCCAGACCUACCCAGGCUACCCAGUGGGCAGCGGUGUGGAGGGCACCGAGACCUACCAGAGCCCGCCCUUCACCGAGACUCUGGACACCAGCCCCAGAGGGUACCAGGUUCCUGCCUACUAGUGGCCAGCAGGCCCAGACCAAGGCACAAAGGCUGCCCCACCAAUGCAGGAUCCAAGGCUUCCUGGGACCUCCCUCAGGUCCUCCUGGCCCAGCAGCAACGUGUGGAUGCUGUGGUCCAUCUGGGGCCAAGAGAGGGUAGCCUCCAGGGUGCCUGGGCCGUUCCCCCCAAGUUCCUCCAGUCCCUUUAGUCCCCAGCCCAGGGCCAGAGGUCCUGAGGAGAGAACAGCACAGCCCUGGGCACGUGUCCUUCAGCCUCCAGUGGACCAGCCUAGGCAGCGGGCCAUUCCCCUCAUGAGCCAGCCAGGCAGGGCUCACCUGUACACUCUGGUGUCAGGGGUCCAGCUGCCCUCCAUAGCCAGAUGCAGGGGCUGCCCUGGACUGGGGGUGACUGGGGGAAGGGACACCACCCUCACCCCGUGGCCACUGUUCCCCAUCCCCUGUCCCUGUGGGUAGUGGUGGUCCUUGCUCUGUCCUGGUGGUUCACCCUGUAGGGCCAUGUGCUCUGUCUGGAGCCUCCCUCCAUUUCCUCUUACAGGCUCACUAGAGUAGCCCAGCCCUGUCGAUGUUGUGAUUGUGGUCAAGUCUUCAGGUUUCACCUCGUAGUUCCCCACAAGCAGCCCCUCUUUUCUGUGGCCCCAGCUCCGGCCCUUACCUGCCUUGGCCCAGGCCCUUGCUGGGGUGCGGGCAGCUCUGGCCAGGAAAGCACAACAUGGCUGUAGGCCUGGGCAUCAGCCCUCUCCCAGCCCUUCAGUAAGACCUUGCCCAAGGGAGGCUCCAGACAUCUGGGUGCCCAGCAGGACACACCCCUCACGAGGAGAGAGGCCUAGAGGCUUCACCUUCCCACCAUGCCCUGGAGACAGCCAUUCCCCGCAAACCCCUUUACCUCGGCUCCCUGGACUAGUCCCUCAGCUCCCCACACUGCACCCCAUUUUAAGGCCCAGCCCAAGGUUGGGGGUCCCUUUGCAUAGCUGAGUACUCAUGCAUUGCUCAAAGCUGGCUUUUCACAUUAAGUCAAUACCAAAUGUGGUUGCCACAUUACAUUUUUACAGACAGUCGCCUCCCUCUGGAGUUGCAGUUGAGUGACAACCCUGUACAUUGUAGCAUAGACCAAUUAUUUGUGGAUAUUUAAGUGAACAUGUUUACAAUUUUUGUAUAUAUGAGUCUCUCCCUCCCUCUUCUGAAAGAACAAUCUGUGAUUGUGUAUUUUCAGUGUCCCAUGUUCCAACUGCAGCUUCUUUACAAUAAAGACUGUAAAUGAGUUUACUGUG